AUGCCACCUAUUCCGAUGCCUCCGAUGCCUCCUGCGCCACCGGCUCCACCAGCUCCACCAAUUGCAGCGCCGCCAGCGCCGGCUUUAGAAUAUGAUUCCAUAACCAAAACGUCAACUGACGCUUGCAAGAAGAGAUUGUUGCAAUUAAAUUUUCCUGAAGGAAAACCUGUGUUGGCGGCAAUGAAGGAACCCGGAUCAUCUGGAUGUCCAACAAAUAUUCAAUCGAACGUUUUCGGGCUCGAACUGGAAAAGGAUACCACAAUCUACAGCUACAGUGUGCACAUUUCUUUCGAGUUACGCAAUGGAAAAAUUGCGAUUUUCACGAAAAAAGGAAAAGAAGAUUUCGUUGUCCGUGAUCGACAUUCGAAGUGCAUCGAUAUUUUCUACACCGCUGUUGAAAAAAACAAGGAAUUUUUCCAACUUUCUAACGGAAAUAAUUUAAUUUAUGAUGGGCAAAGUUUGUUGUUUACUACCAAGCCAAUAAUCAACGAUACGGAUAAAAAAAUCAAGCUGAUUGAAAUCGAUGGUGCUUCCACCAAAAAUGAAGAUCUGAAGGAAUGCUCAUGCAUCAAGGUCGAAAUAUUCCGUAGUGAACGUCGAGAGAUUGAGCUCUCGAGAGAAAAUUUGCUUCAAAGAACUGCAGACCCGAAUCUCCAAGUUAAUGAUCGUUCAUUGACUCAGAUUCUCGAACUGGUACUUAGUCAGAGAAUCAUUAGAGAAACAGAACGAUUUGGCUACUUUGAGCAUGGAAAAGUGUUCGUUCUCAAUCCAAUGGGUGAAGGUUACAAUGAAGAAGAUUGCAUUAACGUCGGCGAUGGAAAACAACUUCUUCCUGGGUUAAAAAAGUCCAUUAGUUUCAUUGAAGGACCCAUGAAAAGAGGGAACAAUAACCCCUCACUUAUUGUCGAUGCCAUGAAAGCUGCGUUUCACGUGGAAGACACAAUUGCCAACAAAGUAUCCUCGAUUCUCAAUCUUAGAGAGCCAGUGUUGAUCCGAGAUUCGCAAAUGGAUAUCGCCACCAAUGUUAUUAAAGGUCUUGAUUGUUAUUCGACCUAUACAGGAAAAAAAAGGCACUUGGUCGUGCAAGGACUUCAUCAUGCUAAUUCGCGACAAGCACGUUUCGAAUUGAAGGAUGGUGGAAGCACAACCGUCUAUGAUUACUUCAAAACAAAAUACAACGUUCCGAUUAAAUAUCCGGAUCUCAACUUGGUUCUAGCCAAAGAACGUGGAAAUACUAACUUCUAUCCAAUGGAACUUUUGAUCAUAUCACCAAACCAACGUGUAAAAAUUUCUCAGCAAACAUCUGCACAAUCGCAGAAUACGACAAGGGCGUGCGCUGUGCUUCCUGCCGUAAGACAGGGGCUGAUCGUAAAGGGAAUGACGGUUACCGGUUUGUUAGAUAAUAAAAAUGAGCUUCUCGACGCACUUGGUAUCAAAAUUUAUAGAGAUCCAUUGAUGUGUAGUGGACGCACAUUGAUGGAAAAUAAACUUAAAUAUGGAGGAAAUAACGAAAUUAUUGCAAAAAUGGGAAAAUGGCGCCAAGGGCCAUAUUUGGCCCCAGCUACAAUGCCUACUUGGGCGGUUUUCGCAUUCAUCAGUGGACGUAAAAACAUCGAUUUGCGAGGAUUCAUGGAUGCAUACAUGAAUGGUUUGCGCAAUCAUGGAAUUCGUUUCUCCAAUCCGGUGUUAAUGGAACAGAAGGAUCCGUCUCAACUUGAGCAAUGUUUCGUGUUUGCCGAAAGCCAGAAAUGCAAAUUCCUUUUGUUUAUUACCGAUAGUUCCAUCAAAACUUGUCAUGCGAAAAUUAAGUACUACGAAAGAAAGUACGAAAUUGUGACUCAAGACUUGACAUCUGCGGUCGUUGAAAAAUGCUCUCGCACAAGCAGUGCUGUUACCAUCGGAAACAUUAUCAACAAAACCAAUAUGAAGCUUGGGGGCAUUAAUUAUGCUGUCCUGAACAAAUCUCUUGUCGGCGAUCAACUUAUUAUUGGAAUCGGAGUUUCAGCGCCGCCACCUGGUUCCAAAUUUUUGUUGGAAGGACGUGGAAUCCUCAAUCCUUCAAUUAUUGGUUAUUCAUCGAAUGCGAAAUCGAACGACGAAUACAUUGGCGAUUUCAUACUUUCGACUGUUGGGAGUGAUAGCGUAAUCAUUGGCGUCGAAGAAAUUGUGAAAAAUUCGAUUGAAAGAUAUACUCAAUCACGUCGAGGGAUUAUACCGAAGCGUCUAAUUAUUUACCGAACUGGCGCUGCUGAAGGAAGCUUCCCUUCGAUUUUGUCAUAUGAGAUUCCAUUGGCAAAAGCAGCUCUCAAGGAAAGGGGAUGCGAAGAAACAAAACUCAUUUAUAUUGUGGUUUCUAAAGACCACUCUAUUCGUCUUUUCAAAGAUGUGAUCCCAGGCCGCGGUUCCAAAGCCACUGAGCAAAAUAUUCCACCAGGAGUUGUUGUUGAUUCGGAAAUCACUCAUCCGUCUUGCAAGCAAUUUUUCUUGAAUUCUCACACGACUCUCCAAGGAUCUGCAAAAUCGCCAUUGUAUUCGGUUAUUUACGAUGAAUGUAACGCCCCAAUGGACCGUCUUGAAGACAUUACUUUUGCACUGUGCCAUCACCACCAAAUUGUAACAUUAACUACUUCGUUACCAUCUCCGCUUUAUAUUGCAUUGGAAUAUGCGAAGAGAGGAAGAACUCUGUGGACAGAAAGAGAAACGGAAGAAACUUCUCAUUCGAACGACUCGGAUCGUGAAAAACUUCGCGAAAUUACGACGGAGCUAAGUUUCAAGACGACAUCUCUUGCCGAUAUUCGCGUAAAUGCAUAA